UCCACCUUACAAUCUUUUCUCCCAACUAGCAGAAAACACCUAAGGCUAUAAAAUUUAAAAUAAUUAGACGUUUUCCUAUUCAUAGAAAUAACAUAACAUUCAACUCUUUUGGAAAUGGAUAUCUUCUUUGAAAAAAUCAGAACCCAUGAGACCAACUUUUUCUCCACUAUAGACUUUUGGAAUAUCAAUCUUUUCACAAACUCUUUCAAAAUUGCUCAUUCCGUAUAGAAAAUAAAGCAAAUAGUAUUCAUCCAACCAAAAAAAGUUAAGGGAAAAAGGUAAAUUGGUGUCACUGAAGGAUGUGGAAGAUAUGAGCAUUCUUUUGGCUUGGAAAUAGUAUCUUAAUAGUUUUUGAAAUAAUGGUGAAACAAUCAUUAGCUCGUAACAUAGUUGGAAUCAUAGGCAAUGUGAUCUCUUUCGGCUUGUUUUUCUCACCAGCUCCAACUUUCUAUGGAAUUAUAAAGAAAAAGUCGGUGGAAGAGUUUAAGCCAGAUCCAUACUUAGCAACAUUGUUGAAUUGUGCAUUUUGGGUAUUUUAUGGAAUGCCUUUUGUUCGUCCGAAUAGCACUUUAGUCUAUACCAUCAAUGGUAUUGGAAUUGUAUUUGAGGUCGUCUAUCUUACCAUAUUUUACAUAUAUACCACUAAUAAAGCAAGAAAAAAACUAGUGCUUUAUCUUUUUAUUGAGGCUAUUUUCUUUGCCGCCAUUGUUCUUAUUACAAUGUUGGCAGUGCAUGGCACUACAAAAAGGUCUUUAAUUGUUGGUGUUAUAUGUGAUAUCUUCAACAUAAUGAUGUAUGUGUCUCCUCUUACAAUCAUGGCAAAGGUUAUAAAAACUAAGAGUGUGAGAUAUAUGCCAUUUUGGCUCUCUGUUGCUAACUUUCUCAAUGGCUUGUGUUGGACAACAUAUGCUCUUCUUCCCCCCUUUGAUAUUUAUGUCUUGAUAAGCAAUAGUAUUGGAGCAGUUUCUGGACUUGUUCAGCUCAUUCUAUAUGCUUGCUAUUGUUCUUGCAAUGGUGAAAACAUUGAAGAAGAUGAUCAUGAGAUGAAACCAACUAGUAUUCAUGAAAUCUCUUCUAGUGAAAGAGAUAGAGCAUGAUGAUGAAUCCUAAUUAACAUCAUAGCUUUUUUAAUUCCUUAUGUCUAUGAAUUUUAAUAUUUUGUUAUGUACUUUAUUAGUGUUGAACAUUGUGGGGAGUACGAGAAGUAUAUCUAUGUAUCGUUCCAAUUUUAUCAGAUGUCCCCGAAGGGACGAGAAAUAUAUCUAUGUAAAAUUAAUU